AACCAGAUGGCGCUGUAGAACACAAGUAGAUAAUAUUUGAUCUACCACGUGAAUUCUCAUAAAAGUUUUAUUUUUUACUCGUAAAUUUUGUUCCAUCCCUUUAUAAAGCUUCAAAAUUAAUUUAGUUAGUAAAUUACUAUAUUCUAAACAUGGGCUCACAAGAUAAAAAACAUAAACGAUCUUGUCAACGUUUGGAAAGGAAGAAAAAUAAAUUAGCAGCUCUUGCUAACAUAAUGGAAGUAAAUGAAAGGGAUAGAGAGAUAAAAAAGGCACACAAGAGGAAAUAUAGGCCAGAAAACGAAGAAACGCUGUCCAUUCCAAGCACGUCUACUGAGAGCAAUUUAAUAAGUUACAAUGAAAUGGAUACAGAAAUUCUCAAUACAAAUCAAACUCAGAAGGCAUUAAAGAAAUUUUUUAAUUCUGAAAAUGAAGGAACAAAAGUAACUACAGAUAUGCCGGAUACAAAGAAAGUCAAAAUUGGACUGAAUGACGAUUACAAUUCUUUAAAGAAAAAAGUUGAUGCAAUGACAAAGCAGUCGAAGAGUGUCCCUAAAUUUCGUCUAAAGUUUUUCGGUGACAAAGCAUCAUUGCUGACAAAAGAGGAAAAUCGACAACCGUUAAUCAUCAUUGAAGAAUUAUCUUUCGUUCCAUUGACUCAAUCACAUAAAGAAAAACUUGUUCGUGAUUAUGGAUCCCUGGAAGCUGCAAUAAAUCUCAAUAAAGAUCAUCAUUUAAUUUAUCGAAGUGUUUUCCCUAUCGACGGUGACAUCACAAGUAACAUCCUCGAGAUGCCGGAAGGUGAAACGUUUCCACGAACAAGACUUUUGCUUUCGCCUCUUCAAAUGAUGGUUGAAGGAUAUCCAAUGCCUUUAAAAGGUGAGUUUCUUGAACGAUACAGAGACUACCGGAAGACCAAAGAAUCUUAUAAGCCAGUGACAAGUCAAAGUGCAAUGUUUGGUUUGGAUUGCGAAAUGUGUCGUACAGAUAGAGGACAAAAUGAGCUCACACGUGUAUCAAUAGUAAAUGAGAACUAUAAAAGUAUUUAUGAAACGCUCGUUCGUCCUGAAAAUAAAAUUGUUGACUAUCUGACACAAUGGUCUGGAAUUACGAAGGAAAUGAUGAAAGCUGCAACCAAAACGCUUUCCGAAGUUCAAGAAGAAGUUUGUGAUUUACUUCCACCAGAUGCGAUUCUUGUUGGACAAUCAUUAAACUGUGAUCUUAAUGCAAUGAGACUGAUGCAUCCUUAUGUUAUUGACACAAGUGUCAUUUUCAACGUAACAGGCGAUCGAAAUCGUAAAACAAAACUUAAGGAAUUGGCGAAAUGUUUUCUUGGUGAAAAAAUUCAGACUGGCUUUGAAGGUCACGAUUCAAUAGAAGACUCAAAGACUAGCUUAAGGCUCACAAAAUUAAAGCUUUCCAAAGACAUUUAUUUUGGUGAUGUUGCUUUAAUAUCAUCCAAGAGUUUUCCAAAAGAUGAUGGGAAAAUCAUAUCAACAGGCAUUGUGAAUGAAACAAACGUAAAUACACCGCAAGUUGCAACAAACAUGAUAAGUCAGGCAAUGAGAAGACGAAAAAAAUCUGCCAUCAUUACUACGUAUAAGAGUGAUUUGAAUUUGGAGAAAUUUUAUAGCAAAAAUCAAUUUGAUGUUUUACAAAAUGAAACUGAUGGUCAAGAUUUCCAUGGAAUCAAUCACAUCAAAGAAACUUCAGCAAAAAAGGUAGUUCGACGAACUCAAGAGUUGUUAAUGGAUUAUGACUUUAGUUUGAGUCAUUUCAAUGUUGAUGAUUUUCACACGGAUUUAUCCAGUGACGGAUCAGACAGCAUGGAAAAAUUAAUUCCACAAAUUGACACGAUGAUUGAAAAUCUCUGGAAUAAUGUUUCCUGCAAUGGAUUGAUGGUGGUCAUAUUGGGAGGACAUGAGAAGAAUCCAAAUGGAGUAACUAUGGUUCGCGUAAAACCCUAA